GUGGGCUGGACUAUCGUGGGUGGUCCACUUCGAAAAGAAGAACUGAAUUAGGGUUUUAAGGAAAGAACGUUGCUGAGGGGUUAUUUAACAAUCGUCUGGCUUGAGACUUACAUAUUUACUCUGUUUGGCGGCACACAUCGUGUAAUUCUAACUUACAGAUAAGCAUACUGAGUGGGAAGCAAUGGAUUCGUUCUCAAAUCCAUCGUCUGGGUCGUCCCAGCAGUUAUCUGCGCAGGAUAUCAGAAAGCAAUUGAAGAAUCAACUGGCCUUGGAGUAUGCUCAACAAUUUCUUGAGACAGUGGGAAGAAAGUGUUUUGAGAAGUGUAUCACGAAACCAGGUUCAAGUCUUGGUGGAAGUGAAAGCAGUUGCAUCUCUAGGUGCGUAGAUCGAUAUAUUGAAGCCACCGGCAUAAUUAGCAAAGCGUUAUUUACUUCGCAAUGAAUCGGACAACUUUCUCAGUUUAAUUUCUCCCAACAUUUUGAUUACCAAUUUAUAGGCGUUGGAGAUUACGUGUCUCCGGGUUCUUUUCAUGCAUUUUAAUAUUAUAUUAUAAAACUAAGGCAUGUAUGACUCGUGAAGUUCAGGCUUAUUUUCAAAUCUGUUUUCUUAA